AAAUCAGUCCGUAAGACCGUAUAUUAUUCGAACAGUCAAAAAAACUCUAUUCUCAGCAUAAGUUAUAUCUUUAUCUCUUCUUUUACUUUGACAUAAAGUUAAAAGUGGAAUGUUUUAACUAUCCAAUGCGCUGAAAAUGUAAAAGAGAACUAGAUGUGUUUAUUCUAGAAGUUUUGAAAGAACAGAGCUCUUUAACAAACAAUUUAUGGAUGAAUCACUCCUCUUGUUACACUUAAAAGUGACAACAAGAGAAACGGAGAUUUUUCUUCUCUCCAUGUCUCUCUUUAAACAAACGUUAAAUGCACACGGAGAAAAAAAUAUAUAUUUGAAUUAAAUAGUUUUAAAAAAACGUAGAAAAACUGCACUCAUUUUAGUAGAUAAUUUUCUCAUUGCGAAAAGAACACUUUCUUUUAUCGGACUAUUUGUAAGAAAAAAUCUUCUAUGUGCAGGAGAGAAAAGAAAAAAAUUAUGAAACUAAAAACAUUGAGUUUUCUCAGACUUUUUUACUUUUCUACAGUAAUUUUGAGAAUUACCAUCAGAAUUUCACGACUAGAAUUCUCGUGUAAGAGACUAAAAUUCUCUUGGUAAUUCUCAAAAGUCCUGGGCAAAAGUAAAAUUCUCGUGGAGAAUGUAUCCAGCAUAUUCUCAGCUGUUCUCAUACAAUUAGAAUUCUCGUGUAAGAGACUGAAAUCUCCGUGUACAGAGACCCGUUUUCGUGAUAACCCUAACACGUCCUGAACAGGGACGAGGCAUUGUCAAACCAGCUGCACCACUAAACUUUAUCUUACCUUUUCAGUCAAAAAGAUGACAUCUAACGUAUCAAAAUGUACAGGAUGUGGUGCAACAGUUUACAAUGCCGAUAAAUAUGAAAAAUAUGAGGGCAAAAUAAGGCUUUUGAAAAAAAGUUCUGACUGGAAUAAACUUAUUGUCUCUUCUCGUAGAUUUACCAUAGUCGUUGUUUUAAAUGUUCACAUGCCGAUUGUGGAAUAGUAUUGACAUCACGAAACACAAGAGGUUUCAACAAAAUGCCAUAUUGUCACAGGUUAAUCAAUUUCUCUUUUAUCUGCAUAUACGACGCUCUUGAGUAAAUGCUCCUUUUUAGGCAUUAUCCUAACGAAAGAAGCGUAGACGCAGUAAGUUGUUAAGACUGUAAUAAUUUUUGCGUGCCGAUAGUAGGAAACACGAAGCAGAGGUGUAAACGUUAUGAGUUCACCUGUUAUUUGAGCGCCUGAGAUUCUUGAAUUCCAGUAUUCCAAGCUUCCUGGCCCUGAAGUGCGCAAAUGGGGCCAUACGAUCGUCCCGGAUUGUGAUGGGUGUAAUACAUGAAAACUAUAUAUAAGAAUGUUAUUAUAUUUGAGAAAGAAACAAGUAAUUUUUUAUUAGUCAAUAUUUAGGUGACUAAUAAAUAUAGAUUAAACUAAACUAAAGAAACAAGUGCAUGAAAGAAUUACAUAAAGCACUUUAUCCCACAACAGCAAUCAGCUUCGUUGCCUUCCCUCUCUUCGCUCUCACUAGCUCUUUAUUCUCGAAAUCUUAGCACUCCAAUUUCCCAGGUCGGUCGUUAAAUCUACAACUCUCAUAGGCGAAAAUACUGGAGAAAAUUCCUCGCAGAUACAGUGAGGCUUGGCCAGAGGCAAUGAAACAAUAAUACUUCCAAGUAACUGUUAAUUUUCCAAGAUUUUUCCAUUUUAGGCAUUGGUUCGUGAGCCAGGUCCAGCUAAUGACAGCAAUACCAGUGCCAUACAACCUCUGUCCUAUAAAACAAUCGAACAGAAGCAGCCAAAUACCGAAAGACAAUUAGUUGAUAUUGAUUCCCAAUGCAUUCCACUAACAUUAACUCCUCCUGCUCCUUUGAUAGACGAUGUUAGUGCGAAUGAUGCUGCUAUCUUUCAAGAGAAGUUGAGAUCAACACUUCGCGAAGCCGCUGAUCAAAUCGUGGGUCAAAUAUUUCAGGCUCUAACCAAAGAGUUCCAUAUCAUUGUCUGUGGUUCACCCCGUGUCGGUAAAAGCACAUUGAUUAAUGCCAUAUGUGGACAAGAAGUAGCUGAAACUAAGGAUGGUCUUGCUUCAUGUACUAAAGCUAUUAGCUGUCACACACUGGAAGGUGAGUGUGAAAUUGAUUCAAAGAUUAUUCAUUAUAAAUAUAAUUUUUGGGACACACCCGGAUUUGAAUCAUGGGAAAAAAACGAUAUUCGGCCGAAUAUAAAAGCGAUUGUUAAAAAACCUGAAUCGAAGCCUCUCUGCAUGAUAUUUUGCGCAUCACCUGGCACAUUUGUCAAUCUUGAAGAACUGAAAUGGCUUUUCGAUUUGUGCAUCAGAGAAAAGCAUAUAUUCUGUGCUCUGGUUUGUACAAACAAAUAUGCUGGCCAAACGAAAAGUCGUCGUGCUGUAUUAGACGACUUUAAAGGACUGCUAUCGACAUACGUUAAUGAUCAACUAAGGGAAGAAAAGGAUAUUACUUUUUACGGCAAUGUUGGUUUGUGUACCUCAGUGAACAGCCAGCUCUUUGAAGAUGACGAUCGCAAGUUGGAAGCGUCCGGCAUUCAUGAGCUAAUUUAUGGUAUAAUGGAAUCCCUGGUCGAUGAACACGUGUUAGACUGGUGUAUGCUGACCUUGGAAAAUAAAGGCUUUUGGAAGGAUAUGCAUGAAAAGGCAGCCGGAGGAGUGGAUCGUGUAAAAGGCAGAGUGAAAGCAGUUAUAGACCUUUUAAAGUCGGCCAAGAAUGGCAAACGAAAAAAAAGGAAAAAGUAAAAGACAAAGAGUAACAAUCAAUAGAUCAACAAGAAUUUUGUUUAUUCUUUUCAACUGGAACAAAACUGCUGAAACCUUUCUGUUCACGAGGAAAGCAUAUUUUUCAUUCAUUUUCUUGAUCUAUGGAGCUUUCCAAAGAGGAGCAACAUUUUUCGAAAUAGCAAAAACUGUCGAACAGUUUUUUUCCGUGAUUUAAUGUUUUUUUCGAAUACUUGAAGUUUUGUCAGGAAUAUCUCUGGAAUUUUUUUAACAAAUGCAUUUUGUAGAGCAAACAUUUUUCUACAAAAUGAGGCGUUUCGCAGCUAUGAGCGAAUCUUGAUAACAGAUGUAUAGCAAUUCUCCCGGAUGUCCCAACAUCAGUUUUUAACAGGUGCAUACGUAUUUGGUGAUACCCACGGAAGAUGUCGCUACUUUUCGAUGGUGGUAGGCGUUCUCCGUCUGACGAUGCUCAAAUAAAAUUAUGCAAGCCAACAAGAAAUAUCAAGGAAUGAUAUUGUAUAGCUAUCAAAAUAUGACGAUUACAGAGGUCGUUCUAUCAUAUUUGCUUUGUCUGUCAUGAUGCAUUUAAAUGAUACUAUUUACGGAUAAAUCUUGUUAUUCGUUUGUCGUUAAUGGUUCUAACCAUUUGGUUUAUUUUGUAAAAACUUCCAAGGACUUGCCCGAUUUCUGACGGAAAUGGAAGUUUGAAGUUUAAAGCCAUGAAAGGUGUGAUAUCACACCUUUUCUAUCUCAUUUACCCCGAAAGUGCAACGGUGACAAGCUUUUUCCUUAUACUCGUACCUACUUUAUUAUUAACUGUUCAUCCAACCCUCUUCCACAGCAAUGCUAUUGAGUACCUAUGAUGUACCAAACAUUUGAUCAUAAUGUGUGCGGCUUGAUUUGAAGAUUUACUGUCAAAAUGAUGUUAAAAACAGAUUUUCGAAGCAUUCUCAGUUUCUUGCUCUUUGCCAUACUUGUUAAGUAAUUUAACAAUGCAACCUGCGCAUCAGAACAGAAGACAAUUGUAACAAUAAACUAUCGUUUUCUAAUUUAGAAAGAAAUUUACAUACUUCUGUUAAUGCAUUUUUCGAUUCUUUAAACACUACGGGUAAGAUGGAUAAGGUGCACGAAAAGUACUUCAAUAACUACGUGAAAAAUCAGACAUUUGAAUUUACUGAUAUAUUUUCAUCUUCCAAAACGGUUUAUCUUGGACUGAUUAAUUUUACCCAAGGUGAUGCUUAAAACAGGAUCGAAGCCAGGAUUUUUAUCAGGGGUGGACAACGGAAAAAAAAUCCAUCUUCACUAAUUUGAAUUUCCAUUUUAAAGUCAAGUGAACCAUAUAUUUUUUCUUGCAUUUUAUCUCCACAUGGCGCUUAUCGCUUUGACUGUUCUAAGUUAAAACGUUUAAAAGAUAAGAAGGAGAAGGAAAAGGUAGGUUUUUUGAGAGGAGAGAGAAAGAGAAGAAGACCUAGGAAUGUCUCUAAAACUUUAAGAAUAUAAAAAAACCAACUCUUUUCGAUCACUGAUGAAUUUGAUUCGACGUUUGUCUUUGCAAAACUCAUUGACAACAUCUUCAACAUUCAAUUCUUUUGCGUGUUAUCGAUGAAUAUGAAUGAGAGGCAGAUUACUUAAUCGAUCAUCACCGGUACUGUUUCGUAAACAAUUUUUAAUUAAUUUCAUUGUUGAAAAUGAUCGUUCAGCUGUUGCAAGUGUUACGGACAAAAAGAUAAAUAAUUUAAAUAAUUGAUUUAAGUUCUGAAAGAACGCUUGGUAUUGAACUAAUUCAUUUAACGUUUUAUUAAUAUUUGUUGGUCUCUGUUCUGCCGUUAUAUUUUCCAAUUGUUUUAAAAUUCUAUUAGGGAAACCGAAGUGUCCCAUCAUCGAGUGAUUAACUAUUUAUUAGUAGUGCAAGUUAACAAUUACACAAAAUAGUAUAACAUGGUGGGAUUAAAAGUAUUAUUGUAGAAAAAAUAAAUAAAUAUACGGAAACUAAAAACAGAAAAGCUUAAUUGUGCGCAAUCACAUGCUAACUCAAAAUGUGAUUCAAAUUGUCCUUCUAUUCAAAGUGCGGGAAGAGAGGUAAGUAAGAUGAUAAUAUUGGCUGUCCGAUGUUAGAUGAAAAUAUGAACAAUAGAAAUAACAUUAUCCAAAUCAUUUUGUCUGAUCAAUAAAAAAGUUAACGCUGUCAGGUACCAGCGCCGAUGAUUAGAUCUCCUUUCGGCGACUCAUUAACAGAUAUUCACGUUAGAAAUAAGUCUAAAACCAAGUUUAAAAUAAAAGCCGAAAAUAGCAUCUGUUAAUUAACUAGCUAUCCAACAGGCCCAAAUUUUAAUAUCAGAUCUAAGAAGGAAUAAAAUCAUCCGAAGAAGACAGCAGUGCCCGAGUUCCAUCAAUUCCGGGAUUUUACUCGUACCAUGAGAAUUUUUCUAUCAUCGUGAGAAUUUUGCCCUUGACUAAAACCCAAAUGAAGUUCACAAAUCACAACCAGAAAGACGUCUCGAAAUUCCGGAAUUUUGCGCCCCUUCGCAAGAAUUUAACUUGCUUCCACGAGAAGAUGAAAGAAAAAAGACCGGCCAUCUCAAAGACAAUUUUAGUCUCUUACACGACAAAGUGCGAGAACAGCUGAGAAUAUCCCGGAUACUUCUUCACGAGGAUUUUACUUUUCUACCGGAAUUUUGAGAAUUACCACGAGAAUUUUCGUCUUUGUACACGAGAAUUCGGAUUGUGUGGGAGCAACUGAGAAUGCUACAUUCUUCACGAGAAUUUUACUUUUCAAAUCACUCUAAACGUCACAUUUUUUUAAUGGCAAUCCU